ACUUUGGUCGGCCGCUUUCUUCCUUUCUUCUUUCCUCAAAAUAUACAUACACUCAAAUAUACAACAAUCUCUCUUAAAUUUUUGUUACUGGAUCAAUCAAAACAUAUCAAAUAAAGAAUGGUGCAGUACCAAGAACUCACACUUCAAAGAAGCUUCAGCUGCGACACAAGAAAGAUCAACCCGGCGACUUCUCCGGCGCGUGGCUCCCACGUUCGUUCACCUUCCUCGUCCGCUUUGAUCCCAACUAUCCCUGAGCACGCACUCUUCCUCGUCCCCUGCCGGAGAUGCUCCUCCGUCUCCUCCUCCUCCUCCUCCUCGUCUUCUUCCUCUCGCAACAUCGGGAAACUCCACUUGAAGCUUUCUUCUCUCUUACGCUCUCUCAUCAACGUCAUUAACAUUCCCGCUUGCAAAUUCCUCUCCCUUCCUUCUCCGCCGUCUUCUUCUUCCUCCGGCGUUUCUAACCAACUGAUCUCACUCGUCACCGGCGGAUCGUCUUCUCUCGGGAGAAGAGUCACCGGCACGUUGUACGGACGCCGUAGAGGACACGUCACGUUUUCAGUCCAGUACGAUCCAAGAUCCGACCCGGUCUUGCUCUUGGACUUGGCCAUGUCAACGGCAACACUCGUCAAAGAGAUGUCUUCGGGACUCGUCAGGAUCGCGUUGGAGUGCGAGAAACGUCACCGGCCGGGGACGAAGCUUUUCCACGAGCCUAAAUGGACGAUGUAUUGCAACGGGAGGAAGUGCGGCUACGCGGUGUCGCGUGGUGGCGCGUGUACAGAGACGGAUUGGCGCGUGUUGAACACGGUUUCGAGGGUUACGGUUGGAGCAGGGGUUAUUCCGACGACGGCGAAGAGUAUUGAUGAUGAUGACGUGUCCGGUGGUGGUUAUGGUGGUGGAACGGAGCUUGGAGAGUUGUUGUAUAUGAGAGGUAGAUUUGAACGAGUCGUGGGGAGUCGUGACUCGGAGGCGUUUUACAUGAUGAACCCGGACAAAAACGGAGGUCCUGAACUCAGUAUUUUUCUUCUUAGAAUAUAAAAUCAAAUAAAAAUGUUUUUUUUUUGUUCAAAGAGAAUUGUUGACUUUUUUAAAAAAAUUUGAAAAUGUCUUUUAGUGACGUAUUAUCAUAUA